AUGUCUGCGGGUGCCCCUGGUGUUACUGCAGUUCCCGGUGCUACGAAUAUGGCUGUUGGUCGUGGUCAGUUGGCUGUCGGUCAUGGCCAGAGCCAUUCCUCUCAUCGGAACAGCCACAGUCACCACUUCCACCAAGCGACUCCUCAUCAUCACCAUCACCAUCCUUGCUCGGCCCCUGUCCAGUUCUCUCAACACCAGCAAAGGUCGUUUCUACUGUCGAGCGAGCUCCCCGUCAUCCCCUGCCAGGAACUCCAGCAACGUGCCCAGUUCCUUCGGCAACAAAAACCCGUCGCGUCUCACUUUCAUCAGAGACAUUCAUCGCAAACUCUCAUCCACCACGGGUCAGCUCCCGUCAGCAGUUCUGGUUGCGGUAUUGGAGAGUGUCAUGAGCCUCAUUAUGAGACGUCGGUCUUCUUGCCCUCGUCGUCGUGUUCAUCGUCGCUGUCGCCAUCCUCGCCUCCUUUUAUCCCAUUUCAGACAAAAAGGAGCUCCUUUAAGGGUGAGGGUGAAAGAGGGGUUGUUAUACCUGCAGCAGCAGGGACAGGGAUGGAGUCAAUCACGCCAUGUGAGGCAGCCGAUUGCGAACAACCAUGUGUGAUCCGCAAGAACAAGGUCCUCCCUCCUCCGACAUUGUCCCCCCUCUUGCCCGUUACUAUCUCGAACCCUGCUUCGCUGAGCCCAACUUCACCAACGGGGGCCCACCCUGUCUCGCCUACCCUCUCGUCUAUUUCAUCGUCGUCUUUAGGGUCGUCGUCGUCGGGGUACAGUGAUGAAGAGGACUCGGAAGACGCCUUGUCGCAUGCUUGGCCCAAGAUGGACCAGUUCUUUUUCCCAGACCACUGCUGCCGCACCUCUGCCUGUGGAGCCGCCCCUCCGGGCCGCAGCAACAAAAACGGCCGAAAAAACAAUAACUAUACCAACAACGCCAACAGGAAUGCCAAAAAGGAGUUUGUCUCAGAGUUGCCCCCUCCACCCAACAACAAACACCUGAUCCAUCGGCACGACGAGACCGGUACCGGUGGUGGAGGAAACAGUAAUGAUGGGUGUAUGACUCUCUCAGCUUCGAUUUGGGGCACCGGGUGGCAUCAGGUCGAGCCAUUGCCAGCGUCGUUUGUCAAGACAUUGAAGGCGAGUAAUAUCAUGUGGUCCGGGUGUGAGAAGGAGCACCAUCAUCACCACCAUCGUCACCACCUCCAUCAGCAUGGGAGGGGCCAGCACCAGCAGAACCGUGGUCGUCGUGAUUCUGGCCAUUACGGCGGUGGCGGUGGGGGAGGAAGAAGGGGUUCAAAGAAGGAUCAGGCGAAUGAUCCGAGCUCUUGGUCGACUAUUUGUCCCAGCCGCCUUCCUCGCAGCCUGCAGUUCAUCGAUUAA